AUGGGCAUCCGGCCGCACGAGCGCAUAUCCUGGGGCCUUGAAUCCGUAAAGGGUGUGGAGCUGGGCAUCCGUAUCAACCACCGCUCUGGCUACAUCCCCUUGUCCGAAUCCUCGGGCGAGCUUCCAUCCGAGAUUGAUGGAGUCUUGAAUACCCGUGUUCAUGCCCUGGCCGCCCGCCGGGCUGUGGAUGUGCGCCGCAUCCCCGGCCACAAGAAGGCGGCGGCUUCGCCGCGCGUCGCAGAGGAAGAAGUCCUGCGGGUAUGGCGCCCCCUCAAAGGAAAGACCUGCUGCGUGACGGACGACACUAUGCGCGCCGUCACAGCCAACAACGUAGGCGCACCGGAUUUGUUCCUUGGACUCGCCCUUGGCUAUCACAACGUCAACCCCACCAUUGUCCUGCUGUAUCUCCUCCACGGCCGCGUUCCACUCCACUUCGUGGCCUUGUUGCUUCAGGCGAUUUCGCAAGACACCCUCCGUGUGAGCCUGCGACACCCAGAUUGGCUGUGGAUACUCGGUGUGCUUGAUACCAAGGUCGGUAAAGUCCAGCGCCGCGGCCCUGGAUUUGUGCACAAAUACCCUCAUCCCGGUCCCGAUAGUGCCGAGAUCCCUCAAGUCAUCAGAAACCCCGUGCCGCCUCAGAAGCUCAAGGCUUCGUGGGUGGACAACCAAGGCUCGGCUCUUGUCUGA